AUGUAUGAAGGUGGGCGGAUGCAAUACCCACCACCUCAGCCGCAGCAGCAACAACAUCAAAGUCACUACAUGCAAGGUCCACAAGGUGGUGGGUACGCACCUCAGCAGCACCAGGCUGGUGGUAGUGGUAACACAGGGACACAAUCUCGUGUCUUGAGAUCAAAAUAUGGUGAGCUGAUAGAGAAGCUAGUAAGCAUGGGUUUUAGAGGAGAGCACGUCAUGGCCGUAAUACAGAGGAUGGAGGAGAGUGAUCAAGCUAUAGACUUUAACGCACUCGUUGACAGAUUGAGUGUACAGUCUUCAGGAGGGCCUCCCAGAGGAUGGUGA